UGGUCCAUUUAUCCGAUUCACAAGAUAGAAAUGCUAAAUCCAUAUAUGACCAAGAGAAUGCGAAAUCCAUAAAUUCCCGAGAAAAAAAAUUCUCAGAAUUGAAGCAUCGGAAUUUUAUGAUCGUCGUGAUUGCUGAAUUUCUGGCAAUUGAUAUUUGGUAGGUUUUUUUUUUCUUUUUUUCGAUCAAUGGCGGGUGAAUUGCAGUUGGAGCCGGCAUGCGCUCGAAACCCUAGUGAAUCUGCUUCUCUUUUACGAAACGAGAUCGAUCCGUCGUUGAAAUCGAAUUCGAGUGAGAUCGGGGGUGAAGAUAUUGAGAAUGGUUCUGCUCCUUGUUGCCGCAUUUGCCUCGAGUGCGAUGGUGAAGAAGCUGAUGAAUUAAUAUCUCCAUGUAUGUGCAAAGGCACCCAACAGUUUGUUCAUCGUGCUUGCCUUGAUCAUUGGCGGUCGGUGAAGGAAGGAUUUGCUUUCUCCCAUUGCACGACGUGCAGGGCUCAGUUUCACCUUCGAGUUGAAUUGUUCAAGGACAACUCUUGGCGUAAAAUAAAGUUCAGACUUUUCGUGGCAAGAGAUGUCUUUCUUGUGUUCUUGGCUGUACAAACUGUGAUUGCUGCGAUGGCAGGCUUUGCAUAUGUCAUGGAUAAAGAUGGGGCUUUCCGGAAGUCAUUCAAUGAUGGUUGGGAUCGCAUACUGUCAAACCAUCCCAUACCAUUUUAUUAUUGCAUAGGUAAGGGUGCUUCCUUCUUUGUAUUGCUCGGAGUUUUUGGUCUCAUAUUGCAUUGCUCCUCCCUCAAUAGCAAUGACCCAAGAAUGGCUGGAUGCCAAAAUUGCUGUUAUGGGUGGGGUAUAUUGGAUUGCUUUCCUGCAUCUAUGGAAGCAUGUUUUGCACUGGUGGUAGUUUUCGUUGUAAUCUUUGCAAUUCUGGGAAUAGCGUAUGGUUUCCUUGCUGCCACCAUGGCUGUUCAACGGAUCUGGCAGAAACACUAUCACAUUACCAAGAGGGAGCUUACUAAGGAGUACAUUGUGGAGGACCUUCAUGGCUCCUAUACCCCGCCAAAACUUGAUCCAGAACACGAAGAACGCCUGAAAACGAUGAAACUUUUGUAGCGUGAAGGAUGAAUGUGUGGUGAGAAAAGCCCCAUGAGGUAUCUGAGUUGAGUCAUUCAAAUUAUAUUCAGAAUCCAAAAGGUAAAAUUCGGUCGGCUUCUUGGCCAUUUUGUCAAAUAGAUAGAGGAGGGGUGCUUAGUAAUCUGUGCAGUGAUAUACAUGUAUCGUUUUCCCUUGAUGUUUGUUUUAUCCCCAAAUCAGCUACACUUAUAUUGUUCAACCCAAUAUACCUUCUCUAUGGAAACCCUUGUGCAGA